UCUCUCUCUUUCUCUCUCUCGUGAGUUAGUUAUGGGAAACCCAAACCCUAACCAGGAAGAAGAGAAGACCCUUCAAGAAGAGCUUUCAGGUCCCAUCAUGCUCGGCGACCGAGUCAUCAAACUCGCUCAGGAGUCCGACUCAUCCAAAGUCGACUGCGCCGAACUCGCCAAGAAGGUUCAGCUUCUCUGCGACAACCUCCGCUCCGUCGUCCGUGCCGCCGCUGCCCAACCCCUCAACGAGCGUCCCAUCCGCCGCAUCGUCGCCGAAGUCUCCAAGACCCUCGACCGCACUCUCGCCCUCCUACGCCGCUGCCGCCGCAACGGCGGCGUCCUCCGCCAGGUCUUCUCCAUCACCACCACCGCCGAUUUCCGCAAGGUCUGGAACCUUCUAGAGUCUUCUAACGGGGACUUGCUCUGGCUCCUCAGCAUCUUCGAUUCCAAAGGUACCAACCUCUCUCUCCCUCCAAUUGCAAGCAAUGACCCUAUCCUCGCUUGGGUUUGGACCUACACCUAUACCCUCCAGUUGGGAACCCUAAAGGACCGUGCUGAAGCUGCAAUGGAACUUGGUUCUCUUGCAAGAGACAAUGGUCGGAACAAGCUUAUUAUCUUGGAUGAAGGUGGGGUUUCGCCGUUGCUCAAGCUUCUUAAAGAAGGUUCUUCCCCUGAUGCUCAGGUAGCUGCUGCUAAUGCUCUUGUUAGUAUUGCUAGGAACCAAGAGAGGGUUGUUAGGUUCAUUGUUGACUCGCUUGGGGUCCCCAUUAUUGUUCAGGUUCUUGGGGAUGCUGCUAUGAGGGUUCGUGUCUCCGUGGCCGAAUUGGUUGCCACCAUGGCUGAGCAGGACCCUCGUGCUCAGGAGGAUUUUGUGAGAGCCAAUGUGACUAGGCCGCUUGUGUCGUUGUUGUCUAUAGAUACUGUUCUUGCUGAUCCCAUGGCAGGGAGGGCUAGCAUUCAUUCUUUGGUAGUGAAUUUGUCGUCGUCAUCUUCGAUUGGGGAAUCGUCUAAUUCAGGGAGUUUGGAUGGGAUUAGCAGAGGGGGGCAGCAUAGGAGGGAGAGGGAGAGGGAGAGGGAGGCUGAGAGCCCUGCGGUGAGGAACGAGGUCAAGGUGAGUUGUGCAAGGGCUCUUUGGAAGCUUUCCAUAAGGUGUCUUCUGACUAGCAAGAAAAUCACCGAGACCAAAGGUUUGCUUUGUCUGGCUAAGAUUAUUGAGUGUGAGAGUGGAGAAUUGCAGCUCAAUUGUCUCAUGGCUGUCAUGGAGAUUACUGCGGUGGCUGAGGCAAAUUCUGAUCUUAGGAGGGCUGCCUUCAAGUCUACUGCUCCCGCCGCAAAAGCAGUCUUGGAUCAGCUUCUGAGAGUGGUUCGGGAAGUGAACCAUCCGGCAUUGCUGAUUCCUGCAAUUAAGUCGAUUGGUUCCUUAGCCAGGAACUUCCCUGGAAAGGUUCCGCAUGUGCUUGGCCCUUUGGUUGCUCAACUUGGUAACAGAGAUGUGGAUGUGGCUAUUGAGGCUGCUAUUGCUUUGGGGAAGUUUGCGUGCUCGGAAAACUACAACUGUGUUGAUCAUUCUAAGGCAAUACUUGAGCUUGAUGGAGUUCCUAAGCUGAUGAGAUUGCUGGAGAACAAUGACCGUGCGCAUAUGCAUGGCCUUGUUUUACUUUGUCAUCUUGCUUUGAAUGUGGGCAAUAGUAAGGUUCUUGAACAAGAGCGCGCCUUGUGUACUCUAGAGAAGCUAGCCCGUCCUGUUUUAGCUCAACAUCCUGAUCAGAAGGAGCUCUUCGCUAAAGCCAUACACAACCUCACUCUUUAUCAGCCGGGAGCUCAAUUGCACAGACAGUCCUAGGGGCUAUAAUCCCCACUCCUUGUAUUAAUCAAAAUAAUUGGUCCUUGUAAGUGCUUCAGAUGACAAGUAAGAGUAUAUUGUACUUAAUACUAAUCUAUCCACCAUUGUGAAACUACCAAGGGAAAAAAAAGUCAAUUUAACAUUGUUAUAUGUGAUAGUAACUUAACGAAUCAUACUAAGUAUUAAUAACAAGACAAGUAAAUAUAUUGAUUUGCAUGGAAA